AUGAAAAAGUUAAACUUUGAUUGGAAUGCUGCUAGUGAAAAUAGAAUUUUGCAACUGAACAAGCUUGAUGAAUUUCAUAAUGAGGCAUACGAAAAUGCACAAAUCUAUAAGGAAUGCACCAAACCUUGGCAUGAAAAGAACCUAGUCAGAAAAUUAUUUCAACCUGGACAACAAGUAAUUCUUUUUAAUUCAAGAUUGAGGUUAUUUCCUGGAAAAUUGAAGUCAAGGUGGUCAAAUCAUUUUACUGUUGUGCAAGUGUUUCCAUAUGGCUCACUGGAAGUGCAAGGCAAAAAUGGAAAUCCUUUCAAGGUGAACGGGCAGCAGUUGAAGCCAUACCUGGGCAGUGUAUUUGAUCAGGCAAAGUCAAUUCUCCUCUUGAAGCCCUUUUGA